AUGACCGUGUUUUGUUUCUGUGGCAAUCUUCGAAGUCCUCAGAAAGAUUUUAGUGUCACAGUUCCGCAGGUUGGCCGCAGAGGGCGGAAUCUGCGGCGGCCUGGAAAACCGGCGGGGGCGCGAGGCGCCGCUCUCUCUCGGGUCAGGUUCUCGGCUCUCCUCUCCCGGCUCCGGGCUCCGGCUCCCGGCUCCCGGCGCCGACCUGCUGCCCAAAAGACGAGCAGCGGAGGCGGGUGGGCGUGAGGACGCGGGAGGCUGUGUCGUCCGAUCCAGCCGCAGUCCGCCGCCCCGCUGAGCCCGCAGGCCGCCCGGAUGGAGACGCCUCUCCCGGUCGGAGCCCAGCCCCUUGCUCGCCCGCAUACUAUCGAGGGUAUGGAGAUGAAGGGUCCUCUUCGGGAGCCUUGCGCCCUGACCCUUGCCCAAAGGAAUGGUCAAUAUGAGUUAAUAAUCCAGUUGUAUGAGAAGGAACAGCAUGUUCAAGAUAUCAUUCCUAUAAAUAGCCACUUCAGAUGUGUUCAAGAAGCAGAAGAAACUCUUCUGAUUGACAUAGCCUCAAACAGUGGCUGCAAAAUUCGGGUUCAGGGGGACUGGACCAGAGAGCGCCUCUUUGAAAUCCCUGAUGAGGAACACUGUUUGAAGUUCCUCUCAGAGGUCCUUGCUGCUCAAGAAGCUCAGUCACAACUUCUUGUUCCAGAGCAAAAGGACUCAUCCAGCUGGUACCAGAAAUUAGACACUAAGGAGAAACCUUCUGUUUUUUCAGGUCUUCUUGGGUUUGAAGACGAUUUUUCAUCUAUGAAUUUGGAUAAGAAAAUAAAUUCACAAAAUCAGUCUAUAGGGAGUCAUCGGGAACCCCCACCCCCACCCCCUUUAGUGAAUAGGAUGCAUCCACGUGAAAAAGAAGCUUCUAACAAGGAACAGCCCAAAGUGACCAAUACCAUGCGGAAGCUCUUUGUACCACAUACCCAGUCUGGGCAGCGGGAGGGUCUCAUCAAACAUAUCCUGGCAAAACGAGAGAAAGAAUAUGUGAACAUUCAGACUUUCAGAUUUUUUAUUGGAACUUGGAACGUGAAUGGCCAAUCUCCAGAUAGCGGGUUAGAACCUUGGCUGAACUGUGAUCCGAAUCCUCCAGAUAUCUACUGCAUUGGAUUCCAAGAGCUAGACUUGAGCACAGAAGCCUUUUUCUACUUUGAAUCUGUGAAGGAACAAGAGUGGUCUAUGGCUGUGGAGAGAGGCUUACAUUCCAAAGCCAAGUAUAAGAAAGUUCAACUAGUCCGUCUUGUUGGGAUGAUGCUCCUUAUAUUUGCCAGAAAGGAUCAGUAUCGAUAUAUUCGUGAUGUUGCUACAGAGACGGUUGGAACUGGAGUCAUGGGGAAAAUGGGAAACAAAGGUGGGGUAGCUGUGAGGUUUCUAUUUCACAAUACUACCUUUUGCAUUGUCAAUUCCCACCUGGCUGCCCAUGUGGAGGACUUUGAGAGAAGGAAUCAAGAUUAUAAGGACAUCUGUGCGAGAAUGAGUUUUGUGGUCCCAAAUCAGACCCUCCCACAACUGAACAUCAUGAAACAUGACGUUGUCAUUUGGUUGGGAGAUUUGAAUUACAGACUUUGCAUGCCUGAUGCCAGUGAGGUGAAAAGUCUUAUUAGUAAGAAUGACCUUCAGAGGCUCUUGAAAUUUGACCAGCUAAAUAUUCAGCGCACACAGAAAAAAGCUUUUGUUGACUUCAAUGAAGGAGAAAUCAAGUUUAUCCCCACUUACAAGUAUGACUCUAAAACAGACCGGUGGGAUUCCAGUGGGAAAUGUCGAGUUCCAGCCUGGUGUGACCGAAUUCUUUGGAGAGGAACAAAUGUUAAUCAACUUAACUAUCGGAGUCACAUGGAAUUGAAAACCAGUGAUCACAAGCCUGUUAGCGCCCUCUUCCAUAUUGGGGUGAAGGUUGUAGAUGAACGAAGGUAUCGGAAAGUCUUUGAAGAUAGCGUACGCAUCAUGGACAGAAUGGAGAAUGACUUUCUUCCUUCUUUAGAACUCAGUAGGAGGGAGUUUUUGUUUGAGAAUGUGAAGUUUCGGCAACUACAAAAGGAGAAGUUCCAGAUCACCAACAAUGGACAGGUUCCCUGCCAUUUUUCUUUCAUCCCUAAGCUUAAUGACAGCCAGUACUGCAAGCCAUGGCUUCGGGCUGAACCUUUUGAGGGCUACUUGGAGCCAAAUGAGACAGUGGACAUUUCUCUUGAUGUGUAUGUCAGCAAAGACUCUGUGACCAUCCUGAACUCUGGAGAAGAUAAGAUUGAAGAUAUUCUUGUCCUUCACCUGGAUCGAGGCAAAGAUUACUUCUUGACCAUCACUGGAAAUUACCUCCCAAGUUGUUUUGGCACAUCCUUGGAGGCUUUGUGCCGAAUGAAAAGACCAAUCCGAGAAGUUCCGGUUACCAAACUCAUAGACUUGGAGAAAUCUCCUCUGCAAAUGGUUCCCUUGGAUGAAGGUGCCAGUGAGAGACCUCUUCAGGUCCCCAAGGAGAUCUGGCUUCUAGUAGAUCACUUAUUCAGAUAUGCCUGUAACCAGGAGGACCUAUUCCAAACCCCUGGAAUGCAGGAAGAGUUACAGAAGAUCAUUGAUUGUCUGGAUACUAGCAUUCCUGAGAUAAUCCCUGGCAGUAAUCACUCUGUGGCUGAAGCACUGCUCAUUUUCCUGGAAGCCCUACCAGAGCCAGUCAUCUGUUAUGAGCUAUAUCAGCGAUGUCUUGAUUCUGCUCAUGAUCCCCGGGUCUGCCGACAGGUGAUUUCCCAGCUUCCAAGAUGCCAUAGAAAUGUUUUUCGUUACUUGAUGGCAUUUCUUCGCGAACUCUUAAAAUUCUCUGAAUACAACAACGUCAGUGCCAACAUGAUUGCUACUCUCUUCACUAGUCUUCUCCUAAGGCCUCCACCCAACCUUUUGGCAAGACAGACUCCAAGUGACCGCCAGCGUGCUAUUCAGUUUCUUCUGGGCUUUCUGCUUGGGAACGAUGAAGACUAAGGCUUUUCCUCUUACUACUCUCCGAGAUUUUAGAGGUGGAACAUCUUGGGCUCCAAGUAUUUCAGAAUGGUUUAAAAAAAGUCAUGCCACAGGAAGGGUCUAUUUCAGAAUUUCAAGUUCUGUUUAUAGUGUAAAAGGAAAAGAGUUUCCUAAUCCAUCUUUUGCCGUAUCCUUCACACAAAAUACUUUUAGACUUACAUUGCCAAGCCAAAGUUACCGUAUUUUGGUGUGUUUGUGUUUUCUCUUUAUAAGGCAAAGAGAUAUGUAUCUACACUCCUUUAUCUAGGGAUGUGUUUGUUUCCCUCCUAUCCAAUUGUCGUAUUUGUCCUUGGUACCCUAGGCCUAGAUUCUGAGAUGUGUCCAUUCUAGGCCUAUAAGCACUACUUGGCGUAGCUCAGACUUGUCUGUAGUCCUUCAUAUAAAGCACUUUUGACUCACCUCCUCCCCAUAUCACUCCUUUGCACUCCACUCCCGUCGUUCUAUAACUUUGAAUGAAGUCUGAGUGAGGCUAGUGACUCCUUGGGUGUCCUCAACAGUGAGUUCACUGUGUACAUGUGGUUGUUAACAUGGGUUUGUGCAUUUCUACUACAAUGGCAUCUUUAUGUCUCUGUAACAUUGGCCUUUUUAUGAAUCCACAUUGAGUGGAACCAUAUUCUUUUGUCUCAGAUCGCAUUUAGUAGCAUAACUUACUACUAGUAGGGACGAUUAGAAAUGACAUCCCAUUGGUGCCAGAGAAUCACAAUCAGAAUGGGAAGCACUUUGAGUAUUUGAAGAGUGAGAACAUUCAUGUUUGACAGGUUUUACUUCCCACUGUCGCUUUCUCGUCAUUCAAAUUUUAGAUAACGACUAAUCCUGGGUGUCUGUGGAACCCAUAUCCUACUUAGAAAUCCACCUCCAAGGCUGGGCACGGUAGGUAGCUCACACCUGUAAUCUCAGCACUCUGGGAGGCCAA